GACGUAUACUUAAUAUGUCAAUUUAUUUGUUUGUUGUUUGUGUACGAUUUUGACAUUUGAACAGAGUUAACAUGAAAUGCUGUUCUCAUUUUUUCAGAAAUGAAAUUUUUAAUAAUAUCAUUUAGUAUUUUAAAUUUUAUAUUUUUUUUAAAUGCAGACAUUCCGUCGUUACCACAUUGCUCUGAAAUUGAAUUAGGCUUGCUGAUAGUUAGUACUUUAGAUGGAAAAAUAUCUGCAUUAAAUUCUAACGGAUCUUUACUAUGGGAAUUAGACACAGGACCAGGUCCCUUACUCUUAUCAAAUAUACAUAAUCUAGAACUAAACAACAAUGGAGAAUGGAUACGUAUGAUACCUUCUCUCACAGGUACAUUAUACAAAUUUGAUGGUACAACAUUAGAUCCCAUACCAAUCACUGCAGAAGAGCUCCUCAAGUCAUCAUUUAAGUAUUCAGAUGAUCUUGUAAUUGCAGGUGGUAUUGAUGUUAGUACAUAUGGAGUAGGUUUUCGUACUGGUACAUUUUAUUAUGAAUGUAAUGCUGUGAAAUGUUCUAAUUUAGAAGAAACAGAUACAGAUGAUGUACUUUUGGUAGAAAGAAGUACACAUACAAUAAGAGCAAUAGAACCAAGAACAGGCAAUGAAAGAUGGAACUUUAGUGUAGGCCUGCACAACAUAAAAUUGUCUAAAAUUAGUUGCAUUAACCUAAAUUCAGACUUAUUUAAUUGGAAUAUUUCUGCCAUUGUACCAGAAGGAGAAUUGAAAGUAUAUGUUACACAUAAAAAUGUGGAACAUUUAUGGACCUAUGUCUUUCCAUCUCCAAUAGUAAGAAUAUGGAAAUUUUCAGGCAAAGAUGUGUCAGAAAUUGAUUUGUUUUCUUUGAAAAAUGCUCCCCAAGUUGUUCCAGAUAGCUCUAUUUUUCCAUCCAUAUAUUUGGGCAUGCAUAAGAAGCAACUUUAUAUCCGCGAAUCGCCGUUGAUGGUAAAUGCCAUUCGCAGUCAACUAAGUAGAAGAGUGACUGUAACUGAAGAUACCAGUAUUGCUAAGAUACCAUGGAAACCAAUUCCGGCAUCUAGAGUACAUAAUGAAGAAGACUCAACUGCUCUUUCCGUUUUAAAUGCAUCAGAAUAUGUAAACGGGCAAGGAUUUUACUUAUAUUCAGAGUCAGAUUUAAAUAGUAAGGGAUGUACAAACAACAACACCAAAAUGACAAAAAAUAACACUGUACAGUCCACAGUUAAAGCAAAAAUGAAGUCCUUGUAUUACUUUUUGGCCUCGUAUUGGAGAGAAUUAAUUCUCAUGAUAGUAACACUUUGCAUAUGUUUGUUUUUAUUUCGUCUCCAAAUGAAAAAUGAUAAAGAAGUUAUAAUAAUUGAAAAACCUAUAGAAUCCCAGCAUGUUUCUAGUCAGCAAAGAACUUCAGAGAGAGAAGGAGAUUUCAGCUCAAGAUAUGUUAAUGAAUAUGACACCCUUAGAUGCUUGGGUAAAGGAGGUUUUGGGGUAGUGUUUGAAGUUAAACAUAAAUUUGAUGAAUGCUCGUAUGCCAUCAAAAGGAUUACUUUACCUAACAAAGAAAAAGAUAGAGAUAGAGUAAUGCGCGAAGUUAAAGCUUUGGCGAAAUUGGAACAUCAAAAUAUUGUUAGGUAUUUUUGUUCAUGGGUUGAGAGUCCACCAUUAGCUUGGCAGCAAGAAUAUGAUAGAAAAUGGCUAGGUGAUAAAUUAAACGAAUCUUCUAUGAACACUACAGCCGAAUCAAAAGUUAGACGUUGUAAAUCAAUUUCAAUAAGUAUAGAUGAAAUCUCUUCUAGUAAUUUUGACACUGAUUUACGCAAUAUAGUCACAAGCAAUAAUGAUGAUGAUGCUGAUUCUUUUAUUGUGUUUGAAAAUGAACAUGACAGUAAAAAUAAUUCCAAUUCUAUAACAGAUGUUUUAAGCCAGAAGGAAGUUUCAACGCAAAGAACAAAUGAAGUUUCUCAUACAGGGCAUCCAACCAAAAAAAUUGACAGGAAGGUACUUGAGAGCAAACAUCAUUCUUGGAAUGCUUCGCAGAAAAAAUUAAUCACUUUUAACAAUGACCCACCAGUAUUUUUAUAUAUUCAGAUGCAGCUAUGUAAAAAAGAGAGCUUAAAAGAAUGGCUGGCUGAUCAUCAAGAGAGAGAUUAUAAUUUCGUUAUUGAUAUAUUUUCUCAAAUAUUAGAUGCUGUUCAGUAUGUCCAUUUAAGAGGUCUCAUACACAGAGAUUUAAAGCCGAGCAAUAUAUUCUUUUCUUUGGAUGGACAAAUCAAAGUUGGCGAUUUUGGUUUGGUUAAAGAUAUAGAGGACGCUUUUGAUUUAGAGCUGAUUAAAAAGGGGACACCAUCAUCAUAUAAAGGUCAUACAGUGGAAGUUGGUACCCAAUUAUAUAUGAGUCCAGAACAGUUUAGAAGUCGAAUUUAUGAUUAUAAAGUAGAUAUUUAUUCAUUAGGACUGAUAUUCUUUGAACUAUUAGUUCCAUUUUCAACUGAAAUGGAACGAAUAAAGUUGUUGAGCGAUGUUAAGGAAAGCAUUUAUCCCAAAGGAUUUGCCGAGAAAUUUCCAGAUGAGUAUGCACUAUUGCAAAAUAUGCUGUGCAAAGAUCCAAAUAAGAGGCUUACCACCAUUGGAAUUAGAGUAAGAAGACCAUUUAAUAGAGAAGAUUCAGGAUAUUGUGAAGAUAACCAUUAUAGAUUAUGUAGUUUUGAAAAAAGUUGAUUUUCUUUAGACAGACUUAUAUUCUAUUGUAUAUAUCAUUUAGCUGUGAUAUAUAAACAUUUUAGUUCUAUUUUAGAAACUUAUACUAGUUAAUCAAUUUACUUAAUUUUGUUUUACUAAAUAAUAGAAAUAGUUAUUAUUGGA